CUACUUCCUUCUGCGGUAGGGCCAGGGGAUGAUCUGAGCUGGAGCCGUAAACUUCUCAGUAGCUCAACGGACAUUGGAGAGCUGGCAAAGGCAGCGAGGCUGUAAGGUUUCCCCUCUGCCAUCACAAUGGCUCCAUCAACCCAAGUGUCUGGAUUGUCUCUUCCAUGCCUGCUGCUGAUUCUUCUCCUGGAGAUCCCUGGGGCCGGGGCCCAGGAGUUCCAGCUGCUGCAGCCCCAGGGCGCCGUGUCGGUGUCAGCGGGAGAGACUCUCACUCUGAUCUGCUCUGUGACUGGGCUCGUUCCAGUGGGACCCAUGAAGUGGUUCAAGGGCUCGGGCAGUGGCCAGCUCGUUUAUGCACAGGUGGGAUCAUUCCCCCGGGUGACGCGGGCUGUGAAUGGCUCUAGCACAGACUUCACCAUCCGCAUCAGUGACACCCGCCCCGAGGACGCCGGGAUCUAUCGCUGUGUGAAGUUUGAGAAGGGGUCGGGAGCCGAUGAGGAGAUCAGAUCCGGCGCUGGCACCGUCGUGUCUGUGAGCGGUAGGUGGCCCUUAGCCAUCCCUGCUCUCUGGAUCGGGCUCUUCCUGGAGAAGGUGCUGAUUGCCGCCUUCCUCCUCUUCUCCUUCCUCUCCACGAUGAGCAAAGGCCCGGGGGUCGUUUCUUGCACCGUCGCCGCCUGCCAACGUCUCCGUCUGUGCCUCUGUCCCCGCCAGGAAACGAGUCCACGGAUGCACCUGCAGUGAGCCCUGCUGGUCGGGCAGAGGGAGCCCAGGUCUGAUGGGAUGUACCCACCAAACUCACCCACCUCCUGAUGGAGCAGCUGACAGGGAAUUCCUGGUUUGGCUUCUGGCCCCUCCGCCCGUCUCUCGGCUCUAUUUGCACUGACCUUCACUUCAGGGAGCAGAACUCAAAUAUGACAAAUUGAAUUAUUGAUUUUAUUCCUUUCAGAUGGGGUGAAAUGCAAUUUACUCCUGUGGAACACACCGUGCGGCUGUGACCCGGGGCCCCGCAGCAGCUCCCCUGAGUCCUGCGGGUUCGACCCUGACGCUCGGACUCUUGCUCCCUGGGCUGGCAGGAGCUGGGUGUUUUGCAGAUGUGACACUGCGACCUGAUUGGAAAGAACUAGACGUGCUGUCACCGCUGGGUCUGCCCUGACCAAUCACGGGAGCACCCUGGAGAGGGGGGUUUUAAACCAUAUCGUUCCCCGGGAAGAGGCCAUUGGGCCUGACUGUGGCGAUCACAACACACGUGUAAUAAAUGGAAGCCUCCCCCCCCAUUAAUUACCCGCCUCUCUGCUCCGGGCAACCUCCGAAGAACAAACUCACUGCGCACGACUCCCUGGCCCCCUGGGCUGAUGCGAGCAGGGAGCCUCCUGCCUUCGUGAGCACACAUCGGGGAAUUGGGGAAUCACUUCCCUUUGAAAAUAAACCACAUCAAAGAGGGCUGCACUUACCCGGACAGGCCGAGUCCUUGGGCUGACCUACCACGGAGACAGGGCUAAUUGUCCCAUGUAGUCAGUCAAGGACAAAAUCAAGCGUUCUCUAAGGGCGUAGGCUGGGGGGACUUGGACUGAGCAUUUCCUAGUGUUUGGAGAGCUGGGUUUGAUGCCCACAGUCCUGAAAGCCCUGGGGAGCGGGCGGUCUCUCUGCAGCAGCGACCUUAACUCCCCCUGAGUGAGGUGUCUGUAAGUGACGAGCUAAUGCAAUGGCUGAUCAGUGUGUUGCUGUCUGUAUUGCUUAUAAAGGACCCCUGCUGUGC